AUAUAUUCGCGCCGUAGACAAGGAAAGUGUUAGUGUGCGACAAGGACAACAAUAUAAAUUAGUUCUACCGUUUCACCGCUAGUAUUUUAAUGCCUUUAGCGGCUAACACAUCCAGUCUUUCCUGAGUAUGCCAGUUCCAAAUAAACGAAUAUUAUAAAUCAAUGUAUUGGAAAUAACCAACCAGACCCACAUUCUUUUCGGGGAAUUUCUCAUCUCUGCACAAGUGUUGAUGCAAAUAUAAAUCAUUGUUUCGAAUUUUGAGAUUAUUGAGUUAUUACAGUUGAAUUUGAAAAAAUCAUUUGUGGUGAUUCACUUGAUUGCUAUUUUAUGUCCAAACGAGUUCAAAUAUGUUUCAUUGCGUUUGUGGUAUUAAGCGGAUCACGUGUUUGUUUUCACAUUUUGUAAAGUUUAUGUUAAAAUGAAAAAACAUCUGGAAAAUACCUAGGUAUAUGAUAAGUAGACAUGUAAGUACGUAUCAGCUGAUUGGAUCAUCAUCUUGUUUACUAUUCGUUAAAAAGUGACAAGCAUAUAGUCUGUAAUUUUUAAUUAACCAAAAGUUGUAAUACUUAAAAUUAUAUGUCCAAAUUUAACAUUAUGAAGAUUAUUAUAGAAGAACUUGAAAAUAUUUUGUAAAAGUUAUAAAAAUCUAAACUAUGGCUUCAGCUUCAAGUACAAGUGCUCGAAGCUUAUUUGUCGAGUCAAAAAUGAGAUUAGCUGAUAGAGUACAAGUUAAUGUAAACAAUAUUGCAUCUCUCGCAAGACAAAUACAAAGAGGUUCAAAAAGCAGUGAGAUAUUAAUGCAUAGUGCAAAAAAUUUUGCACAACAGGAGCAUAGUCUAGAAAAUGCAGAAGCUAAUUUAAAGAAAGCUGCUCUGAUAACUAGUCAUUUAGAAUAUCAAAUGGAAUCUAUCAGUCAAAGUUUUAUAGCUUUGGAAGAAGUUACCGAACAAGUACGUGCUAUGCAAAGAUAAAUUAUAAUAAAUACUCAUUUUUAUUUAUAAUAAUUUUUUAUGUAUUUUGUACUUUUAUAUCAUGUUAUUACUGAUUAAAUGUAUAAUUUUUUUUAAAUCAUAUAAGUUUGUUGAAUAUAUGUGCGAAGUUUUACAAAUAUUAUUUAAGAUAUUUAAUUGCACAGCGAAUUGGAAACAAUAUUCACUAUUAUAUUCCUCAUAUUGUUGUUACAAUCUAUAUUAUGUUCAAAACAUGUCUUUCUGGUGAUUUAAAAUAAACAUGUUGUA